CGCUGUUUUGCGACAGCAUACCCGAAUUCUUGUCGCAUAGUUCAUUCGACAUUGGAUUCGUUUGCGCAGAAUGGGGAAACGGUUCUCUUAUGGCGGCGAUGCUGCCGGUGGUCCGAGAAAAAGAGCCAAGGUGGUUCAUGAAGCACCGACGUCCGAGGAAGUCCACGCCAGCAGACAGUUGAGGCAACUCCUGGUAUUCGACCAGGACCCAGCGCGGUCAAGACAUGGUCUUCAAUCGCUCAAACUCUACCUUGACGAACUCCUCAGCACAGAUGGCGGCAUAAAGAGCGAACGCGCCAAAAUUCUCCGAGAUUAUUUGGAUUCAGAGAAACCCGCCGAAGAUGGGGAGAACCCGGUCUAUCUGCCAGAUAUUAUGCACACAUGGAGUCAUGCCGGUCAAACCAACAACGACAAUCUCAUGUCCGCUGUUCCCGUGGUGCUCGUCCUGCUCCUGAGGCUGCUCUCCCAGUCGCUUGAGACCGUCCCAUACGGGCUUGGAAUUUGCAGAACACUGUUGAUCAAAGAAUUUCAACAGCUGAUCAGUCGGAAUUUAACCGCUGACAAGGGGAAAUCCUUUGUCAUCUCUCCCACACUUCGCUUGUUGAGGGAGGCGGUCAGCUUUGAUGGAGGGGCGAUUGCGAGACCCUUUUUCAGGGCGAGGGCGACCAUGUUGAAAUCAUUGGCCCGCAAUAUGGGUAUCGUCCACAUGGGAGAGGACAAGGAAGACACCAAGCGACCUUCGGCUCGCACUAAUGCUAUUCAAUUCUUUCUCGCCGCAAUCAAAUACCUUCACCCAGAGGCGAAGAAGGAAUUGCUCUCCCAAAGAGACAUCGUCUCUGCGCUAACCAGGGACGUCAAGCAGGAUCCUCCAUAUAUGCUCAAGGAGCUACUCGUUGGGCUGAAAAAUCACAUUAUUAUGGACGACAAGGUUCCCCGCGAGGCCAAGUCAAACCUGCUCAACACCUCGACCCUUGUUCGAUUAUCGGCGCUUUACCAGUAUCGCCUCGAUUCCCCAGCCGAAGACGAGCCCUCGAUAGCUGAUAUGGCCCACGAACUAUUAUUAGCUGUGUGCACAAACCCAGCUUGUGGCGUCUUGAGACAGGACGCUGGAUUCUACCCCCGGGAGAUAGACCCAAACACGACAAUACCAAGGGCGGAGCUCGACGACUUGGGCCUGGAAGCGGUUGCGUGGAUGAACAAGUUCAAGACGGAAGUGCCUAUUCGAAACUUCACGCUCUCGAACUUUCUACCAAAUCUGCGCCCUUGGUCAAGCGUCAAACAAAGUCAACUCAUCACCUCUAUCUUCAAGGUGGCACCGGAACUAGUGGCCAACUACUUCAUCAACAACAAAUCUUUCACCUUUGAACCGAAGCUUUCUGCCACAUGGAUUGGUUACGCGGCGUUUUUGUUCAAUACCGUCAUUCUCCCAAUACCAGAGAAUCUGUGCCGCGGUCCAAACGUCCCCGAGCUGCCCCCACCUACGUCAAUUGUUCUUGACAACGUCCUCCCGCUUCCUCUGAGCCAAAAGGCCCUCGUCCGCUGCCUAGAACACAAAUCAAAUAUGAUCAAGUUCUUUGCCACGAGGAUCCUGGUAGUGGCCAUAGAGAAACUUGAUGCUGUCAUCACAAUCUACCAGGACCCUUCUCACACCAAUAAGUCGAUAUGGAACGAAGCCGCUCGAAGGCUGGUGGACGAGUUUUGCCAGCGCGCCCCUGGCAUUCGCAAUAUGAUUACUGCAUGCCAAAAAAUCCCCACAGAGGAUCUACUCCACCGCGAAGCGGCAAGUCGGCUGCUACGUCUAUGCUAUGAGGUGCUGCCUCAAGCUACGCUGAGUGCCAAAUUGGAUGUUUCCGCCCAUCUAGACGCUGUUCUGGGCCGCAUCUCCAACCAAGAACUGGAGGAUCCGCGUGACUUUGCCCUCGGGCUGAAAGAACUUGAAAGUCUUCUGGCUAUUGCUGGGUACUCUCCUGGCAUGCGGUGGUUCGGGGCUUCGAAAGCAACCACUUUGUCACCUUUCACUCAGUUGCUGAAGAUCUGCGUCGAGGCCCCAAAGGGUGUUUCGCUGGAGGCGAUGAAGCAGGUUUUGAACUUUGUGGCCGUCGAACAACAGCUCGUUCCAGGUCAUGCCGGACACCCUGGCUUGCUUCCGUUGAUUGAAGCUCUUCAGUCCUCUUCCAAGUACGCCUCUCAGGCAUGGCCGUUCUUGGAUAACUGCUUAACGCAAUGCGCCAUCAAAUCGGUGAAGUAUGUCGAAAUGCUGCAAGAUAUUGCACAAGAGACUGCCGAGUCCACUAGUCAAAACAUCGAUGAGCCACUCGUGAGCCCCAUCAUUCUUGCUAUCCGGGACCAACUUCCCCACGCAUCUAAGAAUGGAGGGGAAGAGGUGCUCAAGGCUCUUGGCCGAAUUUUGCCUAGCUAUCUGGGGCUGUCAGUCACUGUUGGUGAGAGCAGACCGAUACUUAGCUCGAUCUUUUCCAAGAUGGUGAGUGACCUCCCAGAUCCCAAGGGCAAGCUUGCCAAGGCAGGCGUUCCUGAGACGCUUGAAUUUCAGCACAAUUCUUGGUCAUCUUCGAAACCAAAAUCCGAGAAGAAGGCAGUGGAUACACAGGAUGCGGCCACACUCGAAACGAACAUCGAUCAAGAAACCUUGGAGGGCAUGCUGCAUGUCCCCGAUAGUUUGGAAGCAGAACACUCAGCUUUGAUGAAGUGGGCAAACAAGACAGCAGAUGAACUUGUCGACGAAGGUUAUGCGACCUCCUUGAUUGCAUUGCUGGCAUCUGAACAUGCCAGUAUCCGUAAAGAGGCGCUUGUCAGUAUUCUCAAGGUGGCAGACAAGAUCAAACAAUCACAGUAUGAAGAGAAGGAGCAAGUUUGGCUGCUUUUGUCUGAACUCGCGGAAACGGCCAAAGACAAUAUCAACAACGGACCUCUGCCCAGCACAAUAGUCGCGUUUGCCAGCCACGCCUUGCAUAUCGUACGCGACCCGCUCCAUGGCCUUUACCCCAAGGUCAACAUUUUUUUGACUCGAGGACCAUACUGGAGUCUGGACAAGCUGCCUCUGGUGGAUGAGAUACUGACCGAGGAGCCCAACGUCGGCGAUGCCUUUUAUACCCAGAUAAGUUGGCUGUUGACGUACCUCAUCGACGGGUUACGUUCAGCUUCUGACCUGGAGCUCUACCACAAAAAGCGUAGCCGGGGACCAAUCUUGGAGAGAAUCCUUGCUCUGGCGGUCAACCCAUACAUGAGGCUACCACUACGCACCCAGGUGUUGAGAUUACUCUACCGGGCUAGUAGUAUCGAGGGUGGCAGUACUACGCUCACGACGAGAUUCAGCGUGAUGAACUGGUUGGAGGAACGACGGUCCGCGUGCGCUGAUUCCAGUGAAGCUGCAGUCUAUGAUGGCCUGCGUAGGAGGAUAUGGGAGACGUGUGACCAGCAAAGGGUUACAGAAUGGAGUAAGAACGGGCUGCCUUGAGCAUUUAAUUGUAUAAUUGUAGAGCAUGUACGAGACAAUACCAAGAUACCAAGUCGUUUUGAAGAUUAUCAGCGGAA